AUGCAGCGACGACGUCGAAGGCAGCUUCCAGUCUCGUGUCAGCUCUGCCGGUCCAUGAAGUUGAAAUGCAGUCGCGACCAACCCUGCUCCAACUGCGUCAGCCGCGGGGUUACCUGUGAGCGCGCAUAUCGGGUGGAGCCGACCACCUUGUCCAUCGUGUCUCCCAGCACUACUGACCCCGUGCAAGCGCAGACAACGUACUUGCAGCAGCCGGGGUGGUCCGCUAAUCCCAGUGCCGGUACUGGCACCGGCAGCAAUACCGAGAUCCUGUCGCGUCUACAGCGGCUGGAAGACAUCAUUCUUCGGACCCACAGUGCCGCUGCUCCGCGUCCCUCUACGGAGCCCUCAUACAUUUCCGAGGGCGAGGGGGACUCGAAAUGGCUGGAAGGGGUCGGGACCCGUGACACUUCCGUGGCGUCCGGUAAUUCCUCAUCCGUGGGCAGCUGUGUCGCCAGAGCGUGGUUGCCACUGAAGAAUGAGGCGGCCUGGCUGCUAAAGCGCUACGGCGAAGAUGUCACCUAUCUACAUCACAUCCUUCAUCUCCCGUCGGUGCGCCAGCAGAUGGAGGAUUUGUACAAGCAACUAUCCCUGGGGUUACAGAUAGAGCCCUGCCAUGUCGCAUUAGUUCUCAGCAUUUUUGCCAGCACGGCCUACACGCUCACCCCUCUUACCGGCGGGGACGCGGUAUUCACCAACGAGCAGACAGCUGUCAAGUGUGCCUUCCUGUGGAGUAAGAUGGCCUUGGAUGUGCUGGAGCACUCCAGCCGCAGCACCUCCGGCUCCAUCGAAGAUAUCCAGGCGACCAUCAUCCUGUCCUUUGUCAUUUUCAACUUCGAGGGCUUCACCAUGCGCUUCCGCGCACUCAGCGCCAGCGCCCUAACCAUGGCCCGCGAUUUGUCGCUCCAUCGCUUGGACGCGCGGCCGGACCGACUGCCUGGCCUCCAAGCACCACUGGACAGCGAUAUAGGGCGGGAGAUCAAACGCAGGUUGGCCGACAUUUGCCGCAGCGCCAUCGAUGCGCUACCCCCGCCCUUUUCGGACUGGGGCGAGGUGAACUACGAUCGGUUCAUCUCGCUGGACCAGCGCUUCGAAGCCUUCAUCCGCAGUCUCCCAGUCUUCUUCCGCCUCGACGAGGCCAGCCGCCGUCAGAGCCGAGACGUCGAGCGCCAGUACCCCCAGAUAAUCGUGCAGCGGUACAUCCUCUGGUCGACCCUGCAGGGGCGCCGGUCGAAGUUGAAUCAGCCCUUCCUCACGCGCGUGUCCAUGAACCCACGCUAUCAAUAUUCACGGAAAGUGUGCCUGCAGUCGGCGCGCUGUGUGAUUGAGCUUAAGGCCCUCAUGGAUCAUGACAUGGCCUCGCUCGCCCGGCUGGCCACCUUCCUCCACAACUACUUCCUGGCCACCGCGGUGCUGGUCAUGGAUCUGUGCCUCAAUAAGGAGGGGGGCAGCGGCGAAGACCGUCGCCAGGAGAUCGUUGACGCGUGCCGCGUCCUGCAGGAGGCCGAGGCGACGUCGCCCAUGGCGAGCAGGUUUUUGAAGUCCCUCAUGGACAUCUUGCAGAAGUAUCAGAUCCAAGUCCUGCCGGCAACCACGGUCCCGGAUGUGCGACCACUGUCGGCUAACACCGGUGUCAGUGGCGUGCCAGAUCCGAAUCUGCCGGACAGGGACCUGGUGAGCCCCAGCCAGAUCUUGCCAAGUGCGUACGAUCCGUUGGAAAAUGCGAGCAUUGAUGAUGUAUGGCAGAACUUCAUCAAUCUGGAUCAGAACUGCAGCCCCGGCAGCUGGGAUCAUUUAUUUUCGGCCUUAGACAACAGAAUUGUGUGA